AUACGAAGAUCGCUAUCGUGAAACUUUGCAUGUUUGCAUGUUAGACACAGUAAUAUAGUAUUUUAUUUAAGAUUGGAGGAUUUUGGUUACUUGGACAAUAUUUCACGAUGUACUCUUCAAGACAAUCAGUCAGGCUAAACAUACCGAUUUUAAUCGCGUUGUUUGUCAUUAUGGCAAACGGGAUCAAUGUUCAAGCAGAUGCUAGCAAAUGCAACAACAACAAUACCUGUCACGAAGACGCCACUUGUAAAAACACAACUGGGAGUCUUGUUUGCACAUGCAACCCGGGUUAUAGCGGAAAUGGGAUACAUUGUGAUGAUAUCAACGAAUGCGAUGCCAGCCCUUGCCAUUUUGACGCCGAUUGUCAAAACACGAACGGAAGUUAUAACUGUACAUGUAAACUUGGAUACAACGGAAAUGGAAAAUUUUGCAGUGACCAAAUCGUUUGUGAACCGACUGUUAAGUGCCAUAUUUAUGCAACGUGUGCUAAUUCUGGUGGUAAGGACGUCUGUGUAUGUUCAGCAGGAUACUCUGGAAAUGGAACUUACUGUGAAGAUAUCAACGAAUGCCAUAUCCACCAUAAUUGUCAUGUUGACGCCAUUUGCCGAAACACAAACGGGAGUUUCAACUGUACUUGUAAACAUGGAUACGAAGGAGACGGAAUACUUUGCACUGAAACCAACAAAUGCAAUAUUUCGUGUCAUUUGAACGCGUCAUGUACAAAUACAACCGGGAGUUAUAAUUGCACUUGUAACUCUGGAUUUAGCGGAAAUGGAACACAAUGUUAUGAUAAGGACGAGUGUGAGAUCAAGGAUUCGUGCGAUGAAUACGCUCUUUGUAAUAAUACAGUUGGUUCUUUUAUAUGUGCUUGUAAGUCUGGAUUUUCCGGUGAUGGUCGCAAUUGUACAGACAUGGACGAAUGUAUAAUUGAGGAUCCUUGUGAUGUAAAUGCUAUGUGUAAUAAUACAGUUGGAUCUUUUAAAUGCGAAUGCAAUUCUGGAUAUUUCGGUGAUGGCUUGUCUUGUGCAGAAACCAACAAAUGCAAUAUUUCGUGUCAUUUAAACGCGUCAUGUACAAAUACAACUGGGAGUUAUAGUUGCACUUGUAACUCUGGAUUUAGCGGAAAUGAAACAGAAUGUUAUGAUAAGGACGAGUGUGAGAUCAAGAAUUCGUGCGAUGAAUACGCUCUUUGUAGUAAUACAGUUGGGUCUUUUAUAUGUGCUUGUAAGUCUGGAUUUUCCGGUGAUGGUCACAAUUGUACAGACAUGGACGAAUGUAUAAUUGAGGAUCCUUGUGAUGUAAAUGCUAUGUGUAAUAAUACAGUCGGAUCUUUUAAAUGUGAAUGCAAUUCUGGAUAUUUCGGUGAUGGCUUGUUUUGUGCAGAAACCAACAAAUGCAAUACUUCGUGUCAUUUGAACGCGUCAUGUACAAAUACAACCGGGAGUUAUAAUUGCACUUGUAACUCUGGAUUUAGCGGAAAUGGAACAGAAUGUUAUGAUAAAGACGAGUGUGAGAUCAAGGAUUACUGCGAUGAAUACGCUCUUUGCAAUAAUACUGUUGGGUCUUUUAUAUGUGCUUGUAAGUCUGGAUUUUCCGGUGACGGUCGCAAUUGUACAGACAAGGAUGAAUGUUAUACGGACAAGCCUUGUGAUGUAAACGCAGUUUGUAACAAUACAGUUGGAUCUUUUGCAUGUGUCUGCAAUUCCGGAUUCUCCGGUGAUGGUCGUAAUUGUGCAGACAAGGACGAAUGUAUAAUUGAGGAUCCUUGUGAUGUAAAUGCUAUGUGUAAUAAUACAGUCGGAUCUUUUAAAUGUGAAUGCAAUUCUGGAUAUUUCGGUGAUGGCUUGUCUUGUGCAGAGGUAAAGUCAUAUGUUGGUAGUUUAUCAAUCAAAAACCUUCAAUACCGUUCAAUCUACAACAACGUACAGAGUCACGAGUACAUGGAAUUACGCGACAAUUUUACAAAUGCUAUUAAAGAACUGUAUAAGAAUACUUCGUAUGGCAGCUUUCUGAUUGAUGUUAUUAUAAAACAAAUAUACAACGGAUCCAUUCGGGUAGAUUAUGAAGUGAUAUUUGACUCCGGCGCUACAAACAUCACAGCACAGUCACUCAACACAGAACUGGAGGGAUUAGUAAACGACGCCAACGGUACCAUUGGAAAUGGUUUCGUUCUUCAGCAAGUGAAUAACGGACGUCUGAUCGUGGUCGAAGAUAAAGACGAGUGCAAGAUGGAAAAACCUUGCGAUGUCAAUGCUGUUUGCAACAACACGGAUGGAUCGUUUGUAUGUAGUUGUAACUCGGGAUAUUCUGGCAGUGGAUUCACAUGCACAGAUGAGGACGAGUGUGCGGUCAAGGAUUCGUGCGAUGAAUACGCUCUUUGUAAUAAUACAGUUGGGUCUUUUAUAUGCGCUUGUAAGUCUGGAUUUUCCGGUGAUGGUCGCAAUUGUACAGACAACGAUGAAUGUUAUACGGACAAACCUUGUGAUGUAAACGCAGUCUGUAACAAUACAGUUGGAUCUUUUGCAUGUGUUUGCAAUUCCGGAUUCUCCAGUGAUGGUCUUAAUUGUACAGACAUGGACGAAUGUAUAAUUGAGGAUCCUUGUGAUGUAAAUGCUAUGUGUAAUAAUACAGUCGGAUCUUUUAAAUGUGAAUGCAAUUCUGGAUUUUUCGGUAAUGGCUUCGCUUGUGCAGUGGUGAAAACUUACAUUGGUCGCUUUUCAAUUAAAAGUCUUCAAUACCGCCAUAUCUACAGCAACACGAGCAGUUCCGAGUACAUUGAAUUACGCUAUAAUUUGACAAAUGCUCUAAAGGAGUUGUAUAAAAAAACCGCUUAUGGUGCAUACGUGGUUGAUGUUGUUAUUAACAAGAUUUCCAAUGGAUCAGUAAUUGUAGACUACACAGUGACAUUAAACUCUGCAUCAAAUGUCACAGCAGAGUUGCUCAAUACAGAAUUAGCACGAGUAAUUAACAUCACUAACGGUACCAUUGGGAAAGAUCUUGUUCUUGGAUAUAUUCAAAGUGGACGUCUGUUUGUCCUUGAAGAUAAGGACGAGUGUGCAAUCGAGGAUCCUUGUGGUCUGAAUGCAGUUUGUAAUAACAUUGAUGGAUCUUUUACAUGUGUUUGUAAUUCUGGAUUCUCUGGAGAUGGUUUGACUUGUACAGAUAUCGACGAAUGCACCAGUGGACCUUGUGAGAAAAACACCACUUGUACAAACACACCUGGCUCAUUCAAUUGCACAUGUCAAAAUACUGCAUGUCUUCCCAAAGAAGAUGAUGACGAUGACGAUGAUGACCUGAGUGCUGGUAUAAUUGCUUUGAUUGUUGUUAUUCCCAUCGUAUUUGUCAUAUUGGUAAUUGUACUGGUCAUUUGUCAGCGACGAAUAGAACAGCGAGACAUGGCCGUAAUAAAUCACGGUGACUCCGGAAUUGCCUUGCAGAGAAUGAAACGUACAAAUGACGAGUUCGAAAACCACGGGUACAAACAUGACGACGAUAUGGCAGGGAUAGGAAAAGUCUGAGGUUAAUUCUGUCAACAUUCUAUUCUGCAUUAUUCUUAGGGCAGAAAGUUUCGAUUUUAUAGUGUUAUUAUACAAAUGAUAGAUUUUUAGGUUACUAAAUAAUUAUAGGGCAUUACAUUUUAUUAAAACCCAUUUUUGCCAUUUGACGUGUCCUGUAAACCGGAUUUUAUCCUGGGUACUUUCAGUUGCACGAAUCUGAGCGAAAAAUUGCUGAUUGUUUUAUUAUUAGUCGAGUCGGGGGGGGGGGAAUAGUCAUUUCCUACGGAAUAAAAUGACGCAAUUAGCCUUUCUUGUGGUGACGAUGAUGAAUCUGCCUUCAUUUUAAGCCCGUUUUGCACCAGGCGAAUUUAUUCGCGCGAACAGAUAACGCAAACCAACUCACAUCACCUGAUUUCAGAUAUCGUUUCGCGUCGUGCAAAUAAACUCGCCUAUAUAGCAGAAAACUGGCUUUAUAGGAGUAACUAGCGAUUAUUUUAC